AUGGCAUCAGCAGCUUCGGUCAAGCCUCGGGAAAAUUGGCUUGACGGCCUGAGAGGCAUAGCUGCGGCGAUCGUCGCCUGGUUUCACUUCACGGUGGGAGAGAUGAAAACACCCUACCGAUCAUUUUGGGCUGUCCCCGCGGAUGAAAAUCGGAAUCCCUUCCAGUUACCGCCGCUUCGCUUACUGUUUGCUGGACAGUCCAUGGUCCUUCUCUUCUAUGUGAUCUCAGGCUAUGCUGUGUCGACCUCCAUAAUCCGACUCCGUGAUGAUGCACCGGCUCAGUUCUAUCGAAAACUUACCUCUUCCGUCUUUCGCCGCGGGUUUCGCCUUUACAUUCCCGUUCUGAUCCUUUGUGUAAUUUGCCAUAUGUCUCUUUACAUUGGCCUAUUCAACUGGUUUCCGGGUGAGCUGGAAGGGUGCUCAGGAGCGGAGCCUUGGUCAGCGCUACAACCUCAUCUGAGUUGUCUUACCAUGACCUUUCUGACUACUCUUCAUUUAAGUGGACCGUUCUAUGUGACGGGGUAUAAUUUCCACUUGUGGACAAUCUCAUAUGAGUACCAAUACUCAUUGGCUGUUUAUCUGAUCAUACUCGGCCUCGCAUCCAUCAGGCCUAAAGUGCGGCUGGUGGUAAUUGCCUGCCUGAGUGCCACUUUCAUGUGGUUUGGCUCACCUAUAUUAUCGGCAUUCAUUGCCGGUCUCCUGUUUGCGGAACUCGAUACUCUGCGCGAGGCGUCCUGGAGUCUUGGUCAGAAAAUCGAACCGACCACAGUUGUCAGAAAUAGUGCGAACAUUUUCACCGGUCUGCUCUUCGUGAGCGGAAUAUACCUCCUGUGCCUUCCGCAAGAUCCGACUUUUCCACCCGACUUCUGGUUUCAGUCCUACCUAAAGCUGCCGUUCUAUGUGGAUCCUGAGAUCCGCAUCCGGGGCUGGCACGCUGUCGGAGCGAUCCUCGUUGUUGGGACGCUCAGGCGUCAUCGAUUCCUGCGAGUUCCGCUAGAAUCUCGCCCCGUGCAAUUCCUCGGCACAAUCUCUUUCUCACUAUACCUGUUUCAUCCUUUGUUCAUUAUGGUCAUGCGCAAUCGCAUCCUGGAGGCUGUCUGCCACUAUCUGUGGGGGGCGGAUUUCUGGCAGACGCAGCAUGAUGAGUCCGCCUGGUAUGUCAUAUUUCUGGCGUGGACUGUAGCCGCAGUUGCUAUUGGUCCCUCAUUAAUCCUAGCGUCAGUCUACAUGACCAAGAUUGUAAAUCGGAAGUCGGUUGUAUGGUCGUAUAAAGUCGAAAACCUCGUCAGCGGUGCUGGCAAGUGA